AAAUAGGAUAGUGAAUUUAACACUCGCUUUCAGAGGCUUAUAAUCUUAUCUAUAGAAAGUAAAAAUCCAAAAAGGGUUAAAUAAACCAUUAUCGAGAAUUUUGGAAUAGUUUCAGUUGUAUUAAAGAUGACAUCGCUUCUUAAAUUUUGCACAAUUUUUGCAUUAAUCAUUUAUACUGCGGGGUCACCUUUGCGUAUAAGCAGUGCAGAUACAAAGGAUACUCGUGCUACUGGAAAUGUUAAAUUUUAUUUAUAUACACAAAGUAACCCAAACACACCGGAUCAGUUAUAUAUUGACGAUAUUGAAUCUGUGAAAUCGUCACAUUUUGAGAAAUCACGUCUGACAAAAAUUCUUAUACAUGGUUGGGGUGGUUCGUACACCUCCAGUCCUAAUCGUCCAGUACGUGAAGCAUAUUUUUCCAAAGGCGACUAUAAUAUUAUAUCAAUUGAUUGGUAUGAAUAUUCCAAAUUGAAUUAUAUAUCAGCGAGAGCCAAAGUACCGACAGUUGGAGAGGAUGUUGCAGAAUUUAUUGAUUUUCUGCACGAAAAGUUUGGAUUGAAUCUUGAUGUUUUGGUGGUUAUUGGACAUAGUUUAGGUGCGCACGUAGCUGGUUUUUGUGGUAAAAAAGUUAAAAAUGGUAAAAUAGCUGCUAUUGUCGGUCUGGAUCCAGCUUAUCCAUUAUAUAGUUAUGAGAAUACAGAAACUCGUUUGGCAGAUACAGAUGCAAAAUAUGUAGAAUCUAUACAAACGAAUGGCAAUGUCAAAGGAUUUUUAAAACCAAUCGGCACAUCAUCAUUUUAUCCAAAUUGGGGGCGCUUACAACCAGGUUGUGGAACUGACUUAGAUGGUACAUGCUCUCAUGGUCGCAGUGUUACACUUUAUGCUGAAGGAGUACGUGGUUAUUCAUUUUCACCAAUAUAUGAAUGCGAUAGCUUUGAGAAUAUAUCAGAAAAGAGUGGCUGCAAUAAAAAAGUUACUGCUGAAAUUGGUGAUCCACUUGACAUAAGACGAGUAGCUGGUAUUUAUUACUUCACGACACCAGGUGAAGCACCUUUUGGUCAUUUAACAGAAAAAACUUUUUUCUAAAAUAAAAUUAAAAUACUUAUAGCUUUUAUAA